CGUGUUGUAGUAUGUUGCCUCGAAAGAGGACGAACAAGGGAGAAGGCUCUGCAAGCGUCGCUGAAAGCGUCAGUCCUGCACCUAGAGAUGCCGAUUCCGGGGAGACUACGGAGGAAUAUCCGAGAUUUCAGCCCAGCAAUCGCAGGCCGCGUCGUAGCGACGGAGUGAAGUGGUUUCCAGUGGUAAAGCGGCUCUUCUACGUCUCCCUCCUCGUCCUAGUUCCUAUGAUCCUCAACUAUGCAGCUCUCAACCAUGAAAUGAGAGUACUUCCUCCUAAAGGUGCAGUGGUGUAUGACAUAGGCUGGGGUCAGAAGCUGUUGCUACACUGCACGGGGAGUGGACUGCCUACAGUUGUACUGGAGGCUCCCAUUGGGCAGGCUUCGUACGUGUGGAGCAGAGUUCAACCCAUUCUAGCCAGACAGACAAGGGUUUGUUCAUACGAUCGUGCUGGUCUUGGCUUCAGCGACAGAGCCUAUCAGAACACCAGUAGGUAUACUGAAGACUAUGGCAAUGCUACCAGAGAUCGCGAUAAGACGCAUCCUUCUACAAUAGAAAGGAUGGUUGAAGACAUACACAAGCUAUUGACAGUUGCCAGCAACCAGCCGAGGCCAUUUAUAAUGGUCAGCUCUGACUUCACGACAAUGAUCUCAAGAUUUUAUGCACAACUCUAUGAAUAUGAGCUAGCAGGUCUUCUACUAAUUGAUCCGGCUCCUGAAACAAUCUUUGACCCCAACACACCCUCCUCGCCCUCGCCACCAGGCACGGAAGACGAAUACCUGGCAACCGAGACUCUGGAUAACAAUCCCUGGACCACUCACUGGUACAGAAAGACAGUGCCUCACCUCCAGAGUCUCCACAUGUCUGGCUCACUGGGAUUCAAUAGACUUGGUCUAAUGGCUGGUCUGAUGGCACCUGUUGAGGUCCCUGAACUUAGUGGCGUUUUAACUGAUGACAUCAUCGCAAUAAAGAAGCACCUUCUAUGUCAGCCGAAGCAUCUGUCAUCAGCAUUUGAUGAGUACUACUUUAUGAAUGAGAGUAUAUCUCAGCUAAAAACUAUGUUUCGGUUGAAGCCAUUUCCUGAUCUCUUGACUAACAUUGCCACGUUUAAGAAACCCAGUGAGACACUCCCUCAAGAACUGACAAAGAUAUGGAGGAGGGAGCAGGAGAGGAUGAUAAAGCGGUUUCACCACGGGAGCUACAGAAUAUCUCUCCCUGGUUCAGACUACGUGAGUCUAUACCAGCACCCCGGGGCAGUGGCACAGACCAUCAUGGACAUGGUCAAAGAUUGGAGACAAUACUCGAGCGCUGCAGAAUAGAUCGUUAUAUAAUUAUAGGGUGUUGGUACGGAGUUUUAUGUGAAUCACAGUGACUUAUUUCACAAAAAAGAUCAAAAAGGGCAGCAAUCAGUAAUGAAAUGCCAUUGAAUUUGGACCAUUGUGGAGCUAACUAUUUGGAUAUAAUUAUAUUGUGUUGGGAGUAAGAUAUUGUCCAAAAAAAUUAAAUGCUACUGAAGGUUCUCUCAUGAAAAAGCACAGCAGCCAGCAAAGUGAUAUUUGAAUAUGGUUGGAGAAAUAGUCUAUUCCUUCCACCUGUGGUUACAGUCUGGAUUACAACACUUGUAGAAGAUGGUCAUUGGCUCGUCAGCUGAACGCGUCUGCAUCUGAACAAAGUAUGCUCUCGAUUGUUCACACUUUGGACAAGUUUCUGUGGGGCAAUACGAAAAUGAAGGAAAUGACAGUUAGUUUUCUAAAGAAAUCUACCAAACCUUCCGUUGUGUCCACAUUCUCCCAUGCUGCCUGGCCCCCUAGCACGUCGUCGACCUCUUUCAACCUUGGAAACUGCACUGAUGAAACCUAUUCCGUGAUGUUCUGGACAUAGGGGCAGGUGUUGCAAGAAAACCUGAGGGUUGAAGGUCCCUCUUCCACCACCAGAAGGGUCCCGCACUGAGGACAAAAGAGAUACAUGUGGGUCCGUGGUGCACGUUGCCUGAGCUGUUUGGUUUAGCGCAUGCGCGGAUAUAGGUGUA